GUACCGGCUGCUCCGUCAGCAUCAGCAGCAACGUCUCCUGCCAGUGGGGACGCCAGUUCUGCUAGCACAAAAAUCCGAAUCCCCGCAGGAAGCGAAGAGGAGAAGAAAAAGCGUGGGUCUUUGAAAGAUCUGUUGGUGGAUCUAGAUCUUAUCUUUGGCUUCGCUGCAGAACAAACGGAGAGACCACUUCCUGAUAAGCUCGACACGGAUCCAGAAUAUUUGGAGAAGAGUUAUCCAGGGUUAACUACGUUAUGA